AUGAACAGUUCUGGCUUACCUCCAGAUCGCGGGAACCACCAUAUAUCGGCCAUGUCGGAGCCCGAAUAUCUAGGCAACAUUGUCUUGAUUCUCGCAUGGCUGUUUGCCAGCAUUGCCACCCUCGUCGUUGCGACCAGGUAUUAUGUCCGCCUUCAGAUCGUCAAGCGGUAUACACUCGACGAUGCACUGAUCUUACUUGCACUGGCACUAGCAAUCGGCAAUUCCGUCUUCCUGACCAUCGCCACCCACUGGGGCCUGGGAACGCAUAUGGCGGCCCUCUCCCACGAGAGGAUCAUGUACUCAGUGAAAUGGGUGUACUUGUGUGAAUUCUUCUCGAUCCUGUCGCCGGGCAUCGGUCGGAUCGCGUAUGCGUCCUUGUUGAUGAGCCUGGUGCCGCCCGUGCGGUGGCGUACACGGUUACUGUGGAGCAUCAUUUGGAUCCAGUUCGCGGUGGACAUCGCGACGAUCGCGGUCAGCUUCUCGCAGUGUAGCCCGAUGAGGAAGUUCUGGGAUAGUCGAGUGCCCGGGAGCUGUUGGCCUGCCACCGUGCAGCGGGACAUGGGGUAUUUUCAGGGCUCCGUCUGCUCCGCCGUUGACCUCGUCCUCGCUGCCUUCCCCGCUAGCAUGUUCUGGGGCCUGAACAUGGAGAAGAAGAGGAAGAUCUCGCUCUCCUGCCUGAUGGGCUUGGGUGUUUUUGCAAUGAUCGCCUCGAUCGUCAAAACCGUCCAACUGAGAGCCAUCACAUCGCAAGCCGAUCUAACGUACGCCAUGGCGCAUCUCGCCAUCUGGUGGACCCUGGAGGCCUAUUUCGUGCUGAUCGCAACCUCCAUCCCGACACUGAGGCCGAUCGUCACGCGAACAACCCGCCACAGCAGGAGUGUCUCGUCGAAGAAGCCGUCCCGGCUAAAUAGUUUGCGCUGUCGCCUGUCGAGUCAUGGGUAUAAUCUUCGCAGUGAUAGCCUGGAUGGCCCUGGUCAGCUGUUGGGACAUUUUGCUGCCAGCGGUGGUGGGCAGGAGAGUCCGUGUAUUGUCGGCGGGGAGGCACAUCCGUUGAAGGAGGGUGGUCACGGGGCGGUUCGUCAGGGGAGAUGGCGGGAAGGGGGGAUUGAGAAAACUACGACGAUUGGGGUUGUGUAUGGAAGAGCGUCGGAUGUGUAG